ACAGCUUGGUCUGUCAGCUUGUGUGCAUCGAUCGAUGUGCAGUUCAAUCGAUUCGGAGGGAGGUCCGGGAAUCGAAGAACAGACCAAACUUCUGGUUGCGGCUCUGUGGGGGAGGGUGAGCCUUGGAGCGGGUAAAAGGGGCUUCGCUUUCUGUUGUGAAAUCCAGCCUGCUCAUAUACAAAGCGCCUGCAACGCUGGGGUGGACACUAGCGUGGUGCGCGUCGACUAGAAAUGAGUUGAGCUCGAUUUGUGGGUUCGAGGUUGAAGGUUUGGGUGCAGAGCUUAGGUCGUGUAGCAAUCAUGCCUGGGUUCGUCGCGCACAGGCCCGCGGGCCAGUUUGGGAAGCGGUUGACGAUUCUGAGUGUGGAUGGUGGAGGCGUGCGAGGGCUGAUCUCGGCCACGGUUCUGGCCGAGCUCGAGGGACAGCUUCAGAGAUUGGAUGGGCCAGAGGCUCGCCUGGUUGACUAUUUCGACGUCAUCUCGGGUACCAACUUUGGCGGCCUUAUUACUUCUAUGAUCUCGUCCCCUAGAGCUGAGGGCUCUAACCGGCCCUUAUUCACGGCCAGAGAAGUCGUCCAGUUCUUCCAGACGCAUGCAUACGAGAUCUUUCCUCAAGGCAGGGACCCAUCUGGACAGACAAGGAGGAACUUCAUGGCCUUGAAAGGGCCCAAGUACUUUUCACGAGGGUUGCGGCAUUUGCUGGACCAAGUCUUUGAGAGUGACCCCCUUCUUGACCGGGCGCUCACAUCCGUCAUUAUCCCUGCGUUUGAUACGAAACUCCAACAACCGAUCUUAUUCUCAUCGUGGCAGGCGCGGAGGGACCCUCUCGAAAAUCCUCCUAUCAAAACAGUUUGCUGUGGUACAACUGCAGUGCCAACGCACUUCCCACCAAUCCAUUUUACUCUGACCGAUACCUCCAGAGAGCCCAAUCAAACGCGCGAGUUCAACUUGAUCAACGGCGAAGUUGCUGUACACAAUCCGGCAUAUGUUGCCAUUGCGCAGGCAAUCAAGGAGUCGCACGCCGACGGGACUGUGGCUAAAAGAGUAGAUUGUUCGAACUUGAACAAUAUUUUGGUUCUCUCCCUCGGAACAGGACAGCACACAAUGGGCUAUGACGCCACAAAUGUAGCAAAGUGGGGAACCGUGGAAUGGUUGGACAACAAUGGCGAGGCGCGCUUGGUUGAUACGGUGUUCAACGCUAAGGGAGAUAUGGUGGACUACAGCCUCUCCAUUCUGUUCCAAUCACAGCAUUGCGCAUCCAAUUACCUCCGAAUUCAGGCAGACAACUUGAACGGUCCCCUUGCAUCCUUGAACGAUACAUCGGAGUCAAAUCUGCGGAACCUCACAGCAGCCGCGAAUCGACUUCUGGAUGAGCCAGCAUCCGAUCGGGAUUAUCAAACUGGAAAGGUCCACCCUGAUCUAUGUAAAACGAAUCGGGAGGCACUCAAAAGGUUUGCCGGGUGGUUGUCAGCAGAGCGCAACACUCGCUUUGCAGCUGAACCUCCACCAGCUCCGGUAAAGCGAGCGCCUCCCCCAGUUGUCAUGGAGAGUCCUCUAGAAGCAGCUAGGCCCCAAACCGCAGAAGAAAAACCUUCAGAAGAGCUGGCUGCCCCAGCGGCAGAGGAGAUCAAACCUAAACCUCCAGUUGCUGCUGCAACAGAGGGUCAAGUCCUAGCUCCGAAAGUCAAAUCGAAGCCUAUUGAUGAAGGCAUCACUGUAACCAAGAAAGAGAGGAAAGCAAACGCCUAUGUCAUUUUCCCAUAUGUCCCAAGGGCGGCAUACUUUGACGAAAGUGUCAAUACCCAGAGGGUGAAUACCUCCUACGUCCCUUACAGCGAACCAGCUUACAGAGCUACGUAUUCCAAUGACCACACCAGCUCCUACAACUCUGGUCGCCGCACCUCCCACAACCCCACCUCGCGCAAUCCCUCGUCUCGCAACUCCUCCUACAGCUCCUCGUCUUACGACACUUCGAACCGUGUUCCCUCGUACAUACCGUCGCUGUUCGAUGACACAUACCGGAGGUCACCCUACCGCCCGGUCUCAGACGACCACACUUACUCCACCUCGUAUCCUGACUCCAGCUACGAGACUCCAUUCUCUUCAUACUCCAGACCUUCUUCGUAUGGAUACUCUCAAGCGCAUCAAUCCUACGGUGGCUCCUCCUCCUCCUCGCAUACCUCCUCGCGCGGCUCCCACUCCCUCGAUCCCAGGUACGACAGCAGCGCGUACCGACCAUCGUAUGCUCCCAAUACCGCAGUGACAGCCUCCGCAUGUGAGAGACCCAGCUACGAGUCGAAGUCCACCUCGUUUGCUGCGACUCCGGAGCCGACGCAGCGUGCUUCCUAUGGGAACACGCACUCUUCUUCUUCUUCGUCUUAUUCCUUGCCGCCUUACCGAAACUCCUCCUGGGCUGGGACUGAUGCUAGCGGGUCGCGUGCUGUCCCGGAUCUCUUCCGCUUCUUUUCCUGAAGCUGUGAGCGUACUGGUUGCUGUAUUAUGAGUACUGUAACUCACCCAUGUGUGGUAUACAUUAAUGUUACGAUGAGUGGUGGUUUUGUAACACUGUGCAGUCUGACUA